CACUUCUCCAACAAAUCAACAUCAACAUCAACAUCGUACAGUCAACCCAUUUCCGCCUCAUCGUAGAAUUUUAUUACUUCAAUUGGAGUCCCAUGUACCGGUAGUUCAGUUCCACACUAUUUCACUAUGUCUUCAGAUUCGGAAUCAGUAGUCCUCCCAGCCCCUUCCCCAGACCAAAUCUAUGUGACCAUUUCAGCUCUUGAAGCGGGGCAUCUCACCCUCCCCGAAAAGCUCUUCAUCACAGAGGCAGAUCCCGAAAAGCGAGCCACUGUCCCAUCCCUCUCUUUUCUCAUCCAGCACCCUUCGCCUCCAAAGUCUACAAAUUUGGUUUUCGACCUAGGACUCAAACGCGACUUCUCCGGCUACCGCGAUGCACAACAACAUCACAUAACACAGCGCCAGCCCACUAUUGUCUCUCCAGAUGUGGCCGAGAGUCUGAGGAAAGGCGGACUAAGCCCUGAAGAAAUAGACACUAUCAUUCUAAGCCAUGUUCACUGGGACCACGUCGGAACACCCCUCGAUUUCACCCAAGCAGAAUUCGUAGUCGGAAGUGGAACUAUACAUCUCUUAGCACAUGGCGGUGGAUAUCUAUAUCCUGCCAAUAUUUUCAAUCCAGACGAGCUACCCAAAGAUCGAACAAAGGAACUCCCUCCAGUCCGGGCUUCGGAUUUGCAAAAAGCGUUUGAAAAUCAAACACAGCAUAAAUGGAAACCCCUCGCUGCAUUCCCCGCAGUUGUGGACUUCUUCGGUGAUGGGAGCGUUUAUGUGGUCGACGCACCAGGUCACUUGUUCGGUCACAUUAACCUACUAGCACGCACGGGACCAAAGAAGUGGGUGUACCUAGGCGGCGAUUGUUGCCAUGAUCCACGGAUAUUGAAGGGCGAGAAGGGCAUUGCGAUGUAUGAUGACGGAAGAGGGAGGCUAAGGAGUGUGCAUGUUGAUACGGAUGAGGCGGCCGCUACAAUUAAGCGAAUAGCAAAACUGUUAAAAGCUGGAAAGGUGAAGGAAGAAGGGGGUGGGGAGGUAGAGGUCGAGGUAGUGGUUGCACAUGACAAGGAGUGGAGGGAAGCGAAUCAGGGUCGGUUUUGGCCGGGCAAGCUAUCAUAAGAAGAGAGAUGUUGAGGAGGGUUCGCACGCGGAUUGUAUGCAUUCAUCUAGAAAGCAAUGAGCUUCUAUUUUCCCA